GACAACGUCAAGUACCCGCGCAGAGCCAAAGAGCUACGAAGAGACUCUUCUGCUUCCCUUAUCAAUUUACGUUUCCACUCCACAAUAUACUACUGAAAAGCUCACAAUCAUUGCUUGUACUCUCUGGGUCAGAAUUCCCCACGUAUCUCAAGAUAAGAGGAAGUUAUGAGUAUAAAGAUAGAGUCAAGAGGAGAGGUCUGUCGUACUUGCUUGGAGGAAUCCGAGGAUAUGGAAUCCCUCUUCAGAUUAGCAGAGAUUUCACAAAAAACCGCAGAACUAGCUGACUUCCUUAAGGAACUCACUAAUCUCAAUUUCCACCAGGAGGACGAUGGACUACCAACAUUCAUUUGUCAGGAAUGCACAGAAAAGAUCUCAAUUGCAAUCACCUUCAAGGAGAUGUGCAUUCAAUCAGAUAGUAUUCUUCGUAGAAGUCGGGAUUUGGAAGUUAAGGAGAAUAUUGUAUCUCAAGAGGUUGUUGUGCCGAGUGAAGAGAUAAGGAGGGAGCACAGGAAGAAAAGUAAAUCAAAAUCACCCAAAAAAUCCCCAAAUUCCCAUAAAAAAUCCACCCGAUCGUAUAAAUGCAACAUUUGCACAAAAGUCCUGAGCAAUGCAGGGAGCUACAGGUACCACAUGCGGCUGCAUUCGGAUGAAACACCCUACUUGUGCAGCCAAUGUGGGGAGAAGUUCAAGACAAGGAAUGCCUAUGAUGGUCACAUGGUUACGCACAAAUCCAUAAAUCCUCACACGUGCAACGUCUGCGGGAAGAGCUAUCGCCAAGCUGCUUCCUUGCGAUGUCACAGCCUCACUCACACGGGCGAGAAGCCCUUCCUGUGCAUGAUCUGUGGCAAGGGGAUGACACAGAAGAGUGGCUAUAAGAGGCACAUGCUAACCCACACGGGUGAUAAGCCGUAUCAAUGUGAGAUCUGCAGCAAAUCCUUCAGAUAUUCCAGCAAUCUCUAUGCCCACCGAAGAUCUCACAGCGAUACAAAGCCCUAUGUGUGCAGUGAAUGCUCCAAGAGAUUCCACACAAAAGAACAUCUCAAGAGGCACGUUAUCAUUCACACCGGAAAGAAGCCCUAUGCCUGUGAAUUUUGUAGUAAAUGCUUCAAUCGACGGAGCACCCUAAAAGUCCACAGAUUCCAGCAUACCGGCGAGAGGAAGUACAAAUGCACCAUGUGCGAUAAAAGCUACAUCCAGCAUCAUUGUCUCAUCAGUCACAUGGCUAGUCAUACCGGAGAUGAGAAGUUUGUGGCCAAAGAGAAUCCUUCAACCGCAUGCGCCGAAAUUUCAAGCCGCUUGAGUCAGCAGCCGAGCCGAUUUUUUAAGCCACCGCCGCCGAGGCUCGAAAAAAAAUUUUUUUUCCAAGCCGCAGCAGCCGAGGCUCAUAUCAAAUCAAGCCGCAGCAGCCGAUGCUCGGAUUUUUUUUUCUUUUUCAAGCCGCCGCCGCCGAGGCUCUUAUCAAAUCAAGCCGCAGCAGCCGAUACUGUAUGCGGCUGGGGGCUCUGGUGUCGAACUUGCCUGCGAGAUUCAAAGCAGCUGCAGUCUCUCUAUAAAAUUGUUGAGAUUUUCGAGAGAAAAAAUGAAUUGUCUGUUUUCUUGGGGGAAUUGACCAAUAUUCAGUGUGUCCAGGAAGAUGGACUUCCUGCAUCCAUUUGCCAGGAAUGUCUACGGAGGCUCUCAGAUGCAAUUUCAUUCAAGACGAUGUGCGUGAAUUCCGAAAACAUCCUCCGAGGAAAUAAUAAGAUAAAGAUUGAAGAGAUCCUCCUGGAGGAACCGCAAGUGAUUCAGGAUAAUCCAGAAAUUUCAGAAAAUGUGGCAAAAUCUACAAAACGAAGAGGUCGGAAAAGGAAGUCAGAAAAUUCUCCUAAAGGCAGCAAUGAAACGUCAGGAGUCCCAGCAUCAAAGAAGGAGUCCAAAAGGCAAAUUGUGAAAAGAGAAAAGAAAAUAACUCUUCCACCGGGUCCUCCCUACAAAUGCAACUUCUGUGACAAAGUGAUGACCAAUGCUGGGAAUUGUUGGAAGCACCUGGCUGAACAUAUGGAUGAAACUCCCUUCAUUUGCAACAUAUGUGGGAAGAAGUUUAAGCAUACAACUCCCUACAAGAAGCACAUGGUCAUCCACCACAAACCCAAGAAGCACAACAGGCCUCAUAAAUGCGCGAAUUGUGGCAAAAGCUUCCCGGAUGAGUUAACAUUGAAAAAUCAUGCUCUUGCACAUGAAAAAUCUCCCUUCCUAUGCCCAAUAUGUGGGAAGAUUGUGCAGCAACUGCCAAGCUUUCGGAAUCACAUGGAGACCCACAAUGAGGACAAUCCCUAUGAAUGUGAUGUGUGCAAGAAAUGCUUCAAAGUUAAGACAAAUCUCAGACUUCACAUGGCCAUCCAUGCCACAGAAAAACCAUUUUCUUGCAAUCAAUGCCCAUUGAGGUUUACACGGAGGGACAAGCUGAAGCGACAUACUCUCACCCAUACGGGAGAAAAACCAUAUCCAUGCAAAUUUUGUGAUAAACAAUUCAAUCGUUCGCACAUCCUCAAGACCCAUCUGUACCAGCACACAGGAGAAAAGCCCUACAAGUGCACAAUCUGCGAUAGAGGAUUCAUUCAGAAGAUUUGCUAUACUGGCCACAUGAAUUCACAUCAUCCCGAAGUGGAAAAUAGAUUAUAA